UUUGUUCAUUUUUUUUGUAUUUGUGAUGAUUGACCAAGUUUCUAACUAAUGAUUUGUGUGCUGCAGGUAUAUAAACUUUCCUAUGAUGAUUUCUAGAUUUUGGGUUCAAUAAACAAUCUGUAGAUACAUUCGCUGUUAAAAGCUGCUUAUUAUGUUACUAGAUGGGCUGGCCGAGAUAAACCACUUUUCACCUAAAUAGUUACACCAACCGCACUGAGUAUAACAUAGAACUGUCGCUAAACCACUUUUCACCUGAAUGUCACACAAUAUUAUCAGAUAAGAAUUCAAAUAAUGGUACUGACGAAGCGUCCAUGGGGCAGUGAAGGGGACAGCAACAUAAGGGACCGAGUAUCCCUCGAGACGUCAAAUGCAUGGAAUCCCGGUGACUGCUGCUCCACUAACUUUGACCUUGUUCGCAGCGCUCCUGCACGUGUCAAGGUUUUGCGAGCGUUUACUGCUCCUGAACCCCGUCUAGCAGUUAGCUCCCCCUCGUCGUAUGCAAGCUCAAACUCGUUCCACUGUAGGUCCAUGGACAAGGUGGAGUUUGACGAUGUCACGGACAGAUUACUGCUACGUGUCAUGAAUGGCACUAAGGGGUUCAUCUGUAGUGAGUACACAUGGGAUCCCGUCGCUAAUGAAUGUGUCCAGCCCUUCAUUAUUAAUGCGAGAAGUGAUCUGCACCUGGAAAUUUCGUCCACGCAAGUCAAAGAGAGAAUUGUCCACCUGCAAGAAAAGUUCCGCCAACACAAGAGAGGUGAAGCGAACUUCGGAGCAAAUAUCGAUAUUGCGGAAAAAGUGUUCGGGGACCAGAUAGACUCUCUCCCACCAUCGUUGGAAAUAGAUGCACCUCGAUUAUCUAUUCCACUAUACGAGCAUAGGAAACACUACUACAGAUUUGGCCUUUUGUCCCGUAAGUAUGGAGAAAUUGAGAUGGGGCAGAGGGCAAUAAAGAAGAUACUAAACUUAGAAAAAGUAUCUGGAGGUGAUUUUGCUGUUUUGUCUAAUAUGUUUAAUGAGCUUGGUUGGUUCAGUGAUGCUGAACAAGUGCGAAAGCUAGUAGAUGAGAGGAAAACUGUUAAGGUUCCUGGACUUGCUUUGGUUGGUGAAAUUAGGCAGUUAGUUUGA